AUGAGCAAAAAUGCCCAGUAUGGCUCAACUAAUGAACUAGUUGAUAAAUAUCCUGGUAUCAUAAAAUAUGCAAAUAAUUUCAUACCUCCAGGAAAGUCAUUUUCAACAGCUUUAAUUGUUUAUCUAAUAUUGUUGGCAUAA